AUGCAAUUCGACAUACGAAGAUUCGACAUUUAUCGAAAAGUCCCUAAAGAUCUCACACAGCCUACCAACACUGGUGCUGCGAUAUCACUUAUUUGCAUAUCAUUCAUUUCGACACUACUUCUCAUCGAACUUUAUGACUUCAUUACGCCUGACAUUGUAAGUGAACUGUAUGUUGACAUACCAGAAAGUGGGGUAGCCGAACGAGUACCUGUUAAUAUCGAUAUCAGCAUAAUAGAAAUUGGUUGUCAAUAUCUUGGUAUUGACAUUCAGGAUGAUCUUGGUCGACAUGACCUUGCUUUUCAUGAAAACACUGUGAAAAUUCCCGAAAAUGGUGAUAGAGGCUGUCGAAUCAAUGCAACGUUUUCGAUUGCGCGUGUACCCGGUAAUUUUCAUGUUUCGACACAUGCUGCUCAAAUUCAGCCUCCCAAUGGAAACAUGAAACAUGUGAUACACGAAUUAACAUUUGGUGAUACUGUUAAAGGUUUCAAACAAAUUCCAAAUCGUAGAGCAUUCCGUCCAUUAAGACGUUUUAAUAAUACAGAUCGUCCUCCGCAUACUUCACAUGACUAUUCAUUAAAGAUUGUACCAACAAUCUAUGAAAAUCGAGGUGGACAACGACGAUAUCCGUUUCAAUUCACAUUUUUCUAUCGGGAAUUUAAUCCAAAUCAUCAUGGAGGUGUGCCUGCUAUUUGGUUUCGUUAUGAUAUUAUGCCGAUUACAGUGAAAUAUACUGAACAUCGACAAAAGUUGUAUACUUUCAUUACUUCGAUUUGUGCUGUUGUGGGUGGUUCAUUCACUGUUGCGAGUAUUCUUGAUUCAAUUAUAUUCACCGCUAGUGAACUGUUCAAAAAAUUCGAGCUUGGCAAAAUGACAUAA